CAGGCUCGCGCCGGAGGCAGACCGGGGUGCAGUAGGAGGAGCGGCAGGUGAGCGAGCGCGGGUCCUGGGUUGGCCCGUGGCUUCGGAGGGCUGAUCGGCCGGGGCUUCCAGCGUGCGGGGGGCUGGGGUCCGGGAGAAAGGCGGAGGCGCAGGCCGAGGCCCGGGAGCGCUCUGCCGAGACCCACGGAGACGGCGCCCGCGUCUUCCCAAGCCAGCGUCCGAUCAACAGACCUGCCUGUCGAGGAGCACCCAACGGCUCCAGGUUCUCCCAGUCGCCUCGGUUCCUCCUCCCCAGACCGGGCGCCACUGCAGAGAUAUCAGGGUCGUGAAAUUCCUUUGCGCCCCCCUUCCCGCCUCCCCCUACGCUGCCUUUCACCCAUUCAUUCAGGAGGAUUUAUUGAAUGCCCACUCUAGACCCCAGAUAAACUGGGGUCCCUGGCGGCGAACCUUGAUGUAAUGGUGCCUUCUUUACAUUCUGUCUUGAUGUUUGCCAGCAUCACACAAGUGAUAGAAGAGCUAAACAAUUGGUGAAGGUUUUAUAUACCUUUUGCAAGGAGGGAAUGAUUUGGUGAUGGAGUGCUCCCACUGACCGAUGGACUCAAAGAAGAAAAGCUCAACAGAAGCUGAAGGAUCCAAAGAAAGAGGCCUGGUCCAUGUGUGGCAGGCAGGCUCCCAUUCUGUAACACCAGAGAGAUUGCCAGGCUGGGGAGGAAAGACUGUUCUUCAUGCGGCCCUUGGAGUGAAACAUGGAGUUCUUCUGACUGAAGAUGGUGAGGUCUACAGCUUUGGGACUCUCCCCUGGAGAAGUGAACCAGCAGAGAUUUGUCCGAGUAGCCCCAUUCUAGAAGAGGUGCUGGUUGGGCAGUAUGUCGUUACUGUGGCAACAGGGAGUUUCCACACCGGAGCAGUGACAGAAAGUGGCGUAGUGUACAUGUGGGGGGAGAACUCUGCUGGCCAGUGUGCGGUAGCUAACCAGCAGUAUGUUCCGGAACCAAAUCCUGUCAGCAUUUCUGAUUCCGAGACCAGUCCUUUGUUAGUGGUCAGGAUCUUGCAGCUGGCAUGUGGCGAGGAGCACACUCUGGCGUUGUCCCUAAGCAGAGAGAUUUGGGCAUGGGGUACCGGUUGUCAGUUGGGUCUCAUUACCACUACCUUCCCAGUGACAAAGCCACAAAAGGUGGAACAUCUUGCUGGGCGAGUAGUGCUACAAGUGGCCUGUGGUGCGUUCCACAGCUUAGCCCUGGUGCAGUGCCUCCCUUCCCAGGAUCUGAAGCCAGUGCCAGAAAGAUGUAACCAGUGCAGCCAGCUGUUAAUUACAAUGACUGACAAAGAAGACCAUGUGAUUAUAUCAGACAGCCAUUGCUGUCCAUUAGGCAUGACACUGUCAGAAUCCCAGUCAGAAAAACAGGCCAGCACUGCCAUCAGCCCCUCCACUGAAACCCUUGAUGGCCAGGGAGAAGUGUUUGAGAACACCUUCGUACAAAAUGAGCUGCCUGCUGCUACGGAACUGAAUGUUGGAAAUGUUCAGACCACAAGUGUUGAGACCAUUUCCUCCCCACAAGCUGUCAUGGGAACAUCUGAAAUUUCUUCUGCAAGAAGUAUACCAUCGUACCCUGACACUCAGGCAGUAAAUGAAUACGUGCAGAAACUGUCAGAUCAUUCAGUAAGAGAGAACUCAGAGAAUGGUGAAAAACCAGUGCCAUCUCAGCCUCUUGUAGCAGAAGCGAUUCCUAAUCUUCACAGCCCAGCAACCACAAGCACUUCAGCCCUGAACAGCCUAGUGGUCUCUUGUGCAUCUGCUGUUGGUGUGAGAGUGGCUGCUACAUAUGAAGCUGGGACGUUGUCUCUUAAGAAAGUUAUGAACUUCUAUAGUACAGCCCCUUGUGAACCUGGAGCUCAGGCAGGCAGUAGUCCCAUAGGCCCAGAAGGUCUGAAAGAUAGCAGAGAAGAACAGGUUAAACAGGAAUCAAUGCAAGGAAAGAAGAGUUCAAGUCUUGUGGAUAUCAGAGAAGAAGAAUCAGAGGGAGGCAGCCGAAGACUCUCUCUCCCUGGAUUGUUGUCACAAGUCUCCCCCAGGCUCUUGAGAAAAGCUGCACGGGUGAAAACGCGGACAGUGGUUCUGACCCCUACAUACAGUGGAGAAGCGGAUGCGCUCCUGCCUUCUCUGAGAACAGAGGUGUGGACCUGGGGGAAAGGGAAGGAAGGACAGCUGGGGCAUGGUGAUGUUCUGCCUAGGCUUCAACCAUUGUGUGUAAAAUGUCUGGAUGGUAAAGAAGUAAUCCAUCUGGAGGCAGGUGGUUACCAUUCUCUUGCACUUACUGCGAAAUCCCAGGUUUACUCAUGGGGUAGCAAUACCUUUGGUCAACUUGGGCAUUCCGAUUUUCCAACAACAGUUCCUCGUCUUGUAAAGGUGAACAGUGAAAAUGGAGUCUGGAGUGUAGCUGCAGGCCAGGAUUAUUCCCUGUUUUUAGUGGAUACCGAAGACUUCCAGCCUGGAUUAUGUUACAGUGGCCGGCAGAACCUGACAGAAGGUGACAACCUUCCAGAGAAUCACAGUGGUACUAAGACUCCAAUACUUCUCUCCUGUAGUAAGCUUGGAUAUAUAAGCAGAGUGACAGCAGGAAAAGACAGCUAUCUAGCCUUGGUGGACAAAAACAUUAUGGGAUAUAUUGCCAGUCUCCAUGAGUUGGCUACUACAGAAAGACGGUUCUAUUCAAAACUAAGUGAUAUCAAGUCUCAGAUUCUGAGGCCUCUUCUCAGUUUGGAAAAUUUGGGCACUGCAAGUACAGUCCAGCUGUUGCAGGAGGUGGCAAGCCGGUUCAGCAAGCUGUGUUACCUAAUUGGUCAACAUGGAACCUCACUGAGCAGCUUCCUUCAGGGGAUAAAGGAAGCCAGGAGUUUGGUCAUCCUGAAGCAUGCAAGUCUCUUCUUGGAUAGUUAUACAGAGUAUUGCACAUCUAUUACAAACUUCCUGGUUAUGGGAGGAUUCCAGCUUCUUCCUAAGCCUGCCAUUGAUUUCCUAAAUAAAAACCAGGAACUAUUGCAAGAUUUAUCAGAAGUGAAUGAUGAAAACACCCAAUUGAUGGAAAUAUUGAAUACCCUGUUUUUCUUGCCAAUCAGACGACUUCAUAAUUAUGCCAAAGUUUUGCUAAAGCUUGCUACUUGUUUUGAAGUGACAUCUCCAGAAUACCAGAAACUGCAGGAUUCCAGUUCUUGUUAUGAGUCUCUUGCUCUCCAUCUCGGCAGGAAAAGGAAGGAAGCAGAAUACACACUGGGUUUCUGGAAGACCUUUCCAGGAAAAAUGACGGAUUCCUUGAGGAAGCCAGAGCGUCGACUGCUGUGUGAGAGCAGUAACCGGGCCCUGUCUCUGCAGCAUGCUGGGAGGUUUUCUGUGAAUUGGUUCAUUCUCUUUAAUGAUGCCCUAGUCCAUGCCCAGUUCUCCACACACCAUGUUUUCCCUUUGGCCACACUGUGGGCAGAGCCACUUUCUGAAGAAGCUGGUGGUGUGAAUGGCCUAAAGAUAACUACACCUGAGGAGCAGUUCACUCUCAUUUCAUCAACACCCCAGGAAAAGACAAAGUGGCUCCGGGCUAUAAGCCAAGCUGUGGACCAGGCUUUGAGGGGGACGUCUGAUUUUCCACCUUAUGGAAGUGGCAGCAGUAUUCAGAGGCAGGAACCACCCAUUUCACGCAGUGCCAGAUACACUUUCUACAAGGAUCCUCGCCUAAAGGAUGCAACCUAUGAUGGACGCUGGCUUUCAGGGAAGCCUCACGGCAGAGGGGUUUUGAAGUGGCCAGAUGGAAAGAUGUAUUCUGGCAUGUUCAGGAAUGGCUUGGAAGAUGGGUAUGGAGAAUACAGAAUCCCAAACAAAGCACUGAACAAAGAAGACCAUUAUGUGGGCCAUUGGAAAGAAGGAAAAAUGUGUGGUCAAGGAGUCUAUAGUUACGCCUCUGGUGAAGUUUUUGAAGGCUGUUUUCAAGAUAACAUGCGUCAUGGUCAUGGUCUCCUGCGAAGUGGAAAGUUGACUUCAUCUUCUCCCAGUAUGUUCAUUGGCCAGUGGGUAAUGGAUAAGAAAGCAGGAUACGGUGUCUUUGAUGAUAUCACUAGAGGGGAGAAAUACAUGGGAAUGUGGCAAGAUGAUGUAUGUCAAGGGAAUGGUGUGGUAGUUACCCAGUUUGGAUUAUACUAUGAAGGCAACUUCCACCUUAAUAAAAUGAUGGGAAAUGGAGUUUUACUUUCUGAAGAUGAUACUAUCUAUGAGGGAGAAUUUUCAGAUGAUUGGACCCUGAGUGGAAAGGGAACAUUGACUAUGCCAAAUGGAGACUAUAUUGAAGGUUAUUUUAGUGGAGAAUGGGGAUCUGGGAUAAAAAUCACUGGAACGUACUUUAAGCCUAGCCUGUAUGAGAGUGAUAAAGACAGACCUAAAGUUUUCAGGAAGCUUGGAAACCUGGCAGUGCCGGCUGAUGAGAAGUGGAAAGCAGUGUUUGAUGAAUGUUGGCAUCAGCUCGGCUGUGAGAACCCAGGCGAAGGGGAAGUUUGGAAAGCGUGGGACAGUAUUGCUGUGGCCCUGACUACCAGUCGGCGCCAACACAGAGACAGUCCAGAGAUAUUAAGUCGUUCACAGACUCAGACACUAGAGAGUUUGGAAUUCAUUCCUCAGCAUGUUGGGGCCUUCUCUGUGGAGAAAUAUGAUGACAUCAAGAAAUAUUUAAUAAAGGCCUGCGACACUCCUCUGCACCCACUGGGCAGGCUCGUGGAGACACUGGUUGCAGUGUAUAGAAUGACAUAUGUGGGUGUGGGAGCCAACCGCCGGCUGCUGCAGGAGGCUGUGAAGGAGAUUACGUCCUACCUGAAGCGAAUUUUCCAGCUGGUGAGGUUCUUAUUUCCUGAGCUUCCUGAAGAGGGCACCACAAUUCCUCUCUCUGCUCCUCUGCCAACUGAAAGAAAAUCCUUUUGCACUGGGAAGUCAGAUUCCAGAUCUGAAUCACCAGAGCCAGGUUACGUGGUAACAGGUUCUGGGUUACUGCUUCCUGUGCUCCUACCUCGGCUCUACCCACCACUGUUCAUGCUUUAUGCCCUGGAUAAUGAUCGUGAGGAGGAUGUUUACUGGGAAUGUGUUCUCCGACUAAAUAAGCAGCCAGACAUUGCUCUUUUGGGCUUCCUCGGGGUGCAGAGGAAAUUUUGGCCAGUGACCUUGUCAAUCCUUGGAGAGAGUAAAAAGGUUUUGCCAACCACAAAAGAUGCUUGUUUUGCCUCAGCUGUAGAAUGUCUACAGCAGAUCAGCACAACAUUUACCCCAUCAGACAAACUUAAAGUCAUCCAGCAGACUUUUGAAGAGAUCUCUCAGAGUGUCCUGGCAUCACUUCAGGAAGACUUCUUGUGGUCCAUGGAUGAUUUGUUUCCUGUUUUCUUAUAUGUGGUGCUACGGGCCAGGAUUAGGAAUUUAGGCUCUGAAGUACACCUCAUCGAGGAUCUGAUGGACCCAUAUCUUCAGCAUGGGGAACAGGGUAUAAUGUUCACCACUUUGAAGGCAUGUUACUACCAGAUCCAGCGUGAGAAGCUUAACUAGGCUGCAUAACAGCUUGACAACUGGAUUAUCUAUUCAAAGUGUUUUAGCACCAUCUGGCGUCUCCCUGUAGUGGCGAAAAAGAACAGUGUUGAAAUUAGGACGUUGUAUUAUUUUGGUUGUUAUUUCUGAGCCUUGCUAAUGAUCAGAGCUCUGAGCCCAGAGUAAAAGACUGUAUAGUUUAAAGGGAGGAUUGAAAAGGAGGUGGAAAUCAGAUUAGACCAGUCCCUGGCCUGUGUUAAGUUCCCCAAAUGUCAUACAUCUGCUGUUGGAAAAAAGAGGGUAUCCCUUCCUACAGUAAAGAGUAUGCCAGCUCAUGAAGUUGUAAGAAAAAAUUCUCAGUGUAGCUUCUUACAUUAAAGAGGUUGAUGAAUAUUUUUGAGUUUCUGGUUUGCCUGCAGUUACCCCCAGACCCCUUUGCAAGGAGCAGAUUGUACUUGAAACGAUAGUAGCCACACUAUGCCUUUCAAAAUUCCUCGCAGACAUGUGUGCACCAUGCUACUUUGCUGAGGGAGGGGAAAGAGGAACUUUUAAACUGAAAUUUUAACUUUUUCUAAGCUUUCCCACCAGGGUAUUCAUGAUGGGAGAGGUUCUGUGCAGUUACUUCUACCAUACCCUGACCCCAGACCUGGAGCACAUCCAAAUAGGAGUCUUCUGCCUCCCGACUAGAAAGAACAUGGGAAUUUUGUUCUUAGAGUCCUUACAGUGCUACAGAGUGAAUACACUGGAAUUCAGACACUGACUCUGAGCUGCUGCAGAACCUCAUUCAUCCGUGUGCAAACGCUGUAUUCCGGGGCCUGUGAAUGAGAGCCUGAAGAGCUUUUGCAUGCAGGCUGUAUUUUGGAGCAGAACUAGAGACUGGAAAAUACAGAAGCAAAGGACGGCAUCCAUCCUUGACCUCGUGUUGUGGUUCUUCCCUGUACCUUGCACUGAACUCACAGAGGGGAAGGAAAAGGAAACUCGGUUUGGCUUCUCCCAUCUCAAAAGUGUUGUGACACCUCAACUUUUUAGCGUUUUGCUUUUUUUUUUUUUUUUAAUGUCGUAUUUGUUUGGUUAACACUAUACAGGUAACACUAGUAGCUGUUUUGGAUUACAUAGGUGCUCUUCCCCAUCUCAUCUCCUACACACCAGGGUGAGCAUAUGGAGUGUCCUCCUCCUCCUUUGUGUUAACAUCUACAGAUGUUAAUCGAUUUUGGAAAAGGAUCAUGGUUUCUGCUCUACUUUAUAAUCAAGACAAGUGUUUAUUAAAAUACUGUUUUGGAAUGUUGGCUGUAAUGUAACAGCAGUUUUCAUAAUAAAAGACAUUCAUGUUUAUGAGGUUGUUUAUGAUUGCAAAAGAAAUGACACAGGGCAAACUAAAAAUUUAAAAGACAUCCAAGUUUAGUUUUUUGGGGGAGGGGAGUUGCCUGCAUUGUAAUCUGUACCUCUUUGUAUG